AUGGAGAGCAACAAAGACGAAGCCUCACGUGCUCUGAACAUUGCCCAGCGCAAACGGAGCGAAGGCGACGUAUCUGGCGCACUGAAAUUCGCGCGGAAAUCCAACGCGUUAUUCGCCACGCCUGCCGCGGCGUCGCUCAUCGCCAAACUCGAAUCUGACCAGUCUUCUUCCUCUUCCUCCGCUUCUACCGCUUCCGGGUCUACGUUUACGUCAUCUGGUACUUCCGGGACUGCAUUCUCAAGUGCUACGGAGACGCAUCCGUCUUCGUCUGGGGCAACACAUAGACAUGCCAAGGAGAAGCAGAAGGAGGAGCCGGCUAAGCGGGAAUAUACGCAAGAGAAUGUUGCGGUUGUAAAGAGGGUCAGAGCGUGUAGGGUCACGCAAUACUAUGAGAUAUUGGGUCUGGAGAGAGACUGUCAGGAGAAUGAUAUCAAGAAGGCGUACAAGAAGCUUGCACUGGCAUUACAUCCUGACAAGAACGGUGCGCCAGGCGCAGACGAAGCAUUCAAAAUGGUAUCCAAGGCGUUCCAGGUCCUGUCUGACGGCGACAAACGAGCAAUAUACAACAGAUCAGGCGACGACCCGGACUCGCGCGGCGGUGGCAUGUCUUCAGCACGCUCUUCGGCAGGAUCGGCAUUCUCCAAUGGCUCGUUUGCCCGUGGCGGCGGAUUCGAGGGCGAGAUAUCACCCGAGGACUUGUUCAACAUGUUCUUCGGUGGUGGAAUGGGAAAUAUGAAUGGUGGUGGCUUUGCUGCCGGUCCAGGCGUAUUCACCGCCAGCUUUGGCCCUGGCGGCUUCCGCACACACCGUACGGGGGGCGCUCGCGCCCAAGCAGCCCAACAACGCGACGAACCUGUCACGACCCGACAAAUACUCACAAACCUGCUCCCGAUCCUCCUCCUCUUCGCCUUUUCCUUCCUCAGUGCGCUCCCCUCCCUCUUCACCACGCCCGUCCAUCCGGACCCACGCUUUUCGUUUUCACCAUCCAGUCGGUACGACGUCCCGCGUAAUACGCGCGGCUUGGGCGUAGCGUACCACGUCAAUAGCGCUGAGUUCAGCGCGCAUCCGUCUAUUGGAGCGGAAGUUGAGCGGGGGACGCCCGGGCCUGCCUUGAGUCGGUUUGAGGAGGCGGUUGAUAGGGCGUUUACGGAGGACAAGUACGCGCAAUGUCGACGAGGGUUGGAAAGUAAGCGGAGGAGACGUGAGGCCGAGGAAGGGAUUUUCGGUAUUGGGGCGGAUUGGAAGAAGAUCAAGAGUAUAGAGCAGGAGAAGGUCGAGGCGUUUGUGUAA